AUUCGUCCAAUGAACGAAACAUCCAAAUCCCAUAUCCUGCAAAUUACGAAAGACUUUUCCACAAUCGUCGUAUUCUUGGAAUGGAAUCGAACAAGAUUUUGAUUCGCAGACGCGUUUUCUCUAUGACUCCGUCGACUAUACCCUAUAUCUUCAUCGUUUUUAAUACAUUCCCAUAUCCCAUUUUUCAUAGGGAUCGUCAAUCGUUUACUUGUCUCGAAGAGUUUAAUGGUUUUGGUGAUUCGAAUCUAACCUUCAUUACGGAGGAGGGAAGUGGAGAUAUAGUCUAGUUAGUUUGCGCGAAAUGAUUCGUAGGGGUUUGCUCAUCAUCACAAUUUUGAUCGUUUUGCCUCUAGAAUCAUAUGCGUUAUCCCCCUUAUAUUCUUUCAGACAUCUCUAUGAACAGAGUAACGCUUCUCCUUCGCCUAGCCCUUCUAAUGGGGUUGAUUUUGCUUCGGGUGGAACAGAUUUCCAGCAUUAUUGUAAUAGGGCAUCUAGAAGUUGCCAGCUGAAGAACAUAGCUGCCUGCUUGACUUAUUUUCAAGAUGGCCCUCAUGAAGAAAGAUGCCUCCUUGUCCAGAACAACCACGAAGCCCCGCUGCAUGUGAAAAUUAUGAUCCUUCCUGCUAACAACACGAUCAAGGAGAUCGAUUUACCAAGCCACGGAAUCGAGAAGAUCAAGAUUUUUUUAGAUGUGGAAUCAAGUUCUGCAAUAGCAUUGAAUACUAGAGACGGGGAUUGUGUAAUUCGUGCUGCAGCUCGAGCUCCAGCACCAGAAAAUCACUUCCAGAAAUACCCUUCAUAUACCACCUAUAUAACCCCACAAAAUGGUGCAUAUUUAGUAAUCCUACUAGUUAUCGUUGGAGGAACUUUGACUUGUUUCAAAUCGAGGAUACAGGCCAGGCACCUUGAUAGAGUCCCAUACCAUGAGCUCGAAAUGGGAAAUUCACCAGCUCUUUCGUCACAGGAUUUGGAAGAUAGUGAAGUCGAAAACUGGGAUCAAGAUUGGGACGAUGAAUGGGGUGACGAAAAACCCGUCAAAUCUGGUGGUGAGAAUCCUGUAAUGGUUAAACAAGCAAAUGGUUUGACUGCAAAAUUGCCUAAUUCUGAUGGAAGGAGAAAGGAAUGGGAUGAUUAGUACUUUGAAUGUAUUUACUCACAACGGGUAAGGAUGUUCAUCGGUUUACUAAAACAACCGAUCCACUCUCUUUUAGGACAAAGGACAAAUCCGUAUACAUCUCACUUCCUCACACCUCACCUUCAAAUGGGAUAUACUGAACUCGUUCGGUUUGGUCUUGGAAAUGUUCACAGUGCUUUGUGUAUGUUUAGAAAAGAUUAUUUAGUUUUUUUUCUAAGGAUUUGGUGACUCAAGUUUUGAUACAUGCAAAGAGGAUGUUAUUCUUGGGUUUUUGUCUUA